GGGUCCUAUAAUUAUACUGCUGCUAGAGGGCGCUCGUUCUGGCCAAAGAAAGUAGCGUUUGCUGCGUCCUUCGGUCCCAGUCAAGAUGCCAAGAAGUCGGACAAGGAGUAGAAGUAGGAGUGGAGGGAGGGGUGAUAGGAGAAGCCGAGGGAGAGACAAGAAGAGAAGAAGCAAAUCAGUAACAAGUAGAAGUUCAUCUGGUUCAGACAGUAGUUCAGGAAGUUCCAGCAGGUCAAGGAGUCGUUCAAGCUCCUCAGGGAGCAGUUCCGGCAGCUCCCGAUCACGAUCCAGGUCAUCAAGAUCCAGCAGUAGGUCCAGCUCCGGUAGUUCCAGUGGGUCAGGGAGUGAUUCGGGUAGUGCUUCAGGGAGCAGCCGGAGUAGGAGCAGGAGCCAAAGCAGGAGCAGGAGUAAAAGCAAAGGAAGAAGUAGAAGCAGAAGUGUCACCAAAGUAAAGGGAGGAGCUGGAGACAAGGAUGGGAAAGCAGGAGGUGCAAUAGAGAAGGAGACAUCCAGAAAGUUUGAUGAUAGAAAAGAGAAGGAAUCAAAGGAAAGAUCUAGACCAAGGAGAAGUAGAACAAGAUCAAGAACACCCCCUCGUCGCAAGCGAUCUCCCUCUCCCAAGUCAUCCCGGCUUCAUGUUGGAAAGCUUACACGUAACGUCAACAAGGAUCACCUGAUGGAGAUCUUCUCCAUCUAUGGUGCGGUUAAGAGCAUUGACAUUCCUCCUGAUCGGACCCAUCCACAUGUGUCCCGUGGCUUUGCCUACAUUGAUUUCAUGUCAUCCAAUGAUGCAGAGAAGGCUCUCAAACAUAUGGAUGGAGGUCAGAUCGAUGGUCAAGAAAUCUCUGCUGCCUUUGUAUUAGCUCCAGUUUCCCGUCCCAGACCCCUUCCACUACCAAGACGUAGCCCACCCAGGAGAGGAGGCGGAUGGAGACGAUCACCUCCCCCAAGAUUUAGGGACAGAAGAAGGUCACCACCAAGGAGAAGGUCACCCAUUAGAUCCAGGUCCAGAUCUAGAUCAAGGUCCAGGUCACCAGCUAGACGUCGUAGAUACAGCCGAUCAAGCUCCAGUUCCUCAAGAUAAUCCAUUAGUUUCCUAGUCCUGUGAUACCGCUUUGAUAUGUACAGCUUGCACGGAUCGAGAUCAGCUCAUUCUGCACCAGUCGGACCCUGAUCAUUAUUGCUGAUCAGGCUCCAGUUACUAAAGAUAAUCCAUCAGCAUAUCUUUGUCCUGUGAUGCCACUUUCAAUUCAUACAGCCUUCAAAGAUCUGGGAUAGCUUGUUUUGCACAGGUGCGGGCCUGAUGAUAGCUGUUCAAGCUCCAAUUCUUUUAUGACAAUCCAUCAUUGUUUCCUAGUACAGUGAUACUUUCUUAUUUGUACAAGUUACAGUGAUUUGUCUCGCAUCCUGCACAUGAUCCUAAAUGUCAUUUUGAAUAUUCUCCUGCAGUCAUUGCUAUGGCCCUUGUUUUUAAAGAUUAAAAAGUAUGGUAGCUUUGCCAUUAUUGUAACUGCCAUGGAAACUUUGAUAUUGGUUGACUUUGGGGCUAUAUCACAGUGGAAGAUAACAUAAUGGCGAAGUUAGACUAAUCUUGUGUUCCUUGGUAAAUGGACCACUGAACAGUGAAUAACUAGUAGCCCUUUGUUAUUAAAUAUGUUGUAUCAGGGCAGACAUACCGGUAGCAUCGCUUGUAAGUAUAUUGGAUCAACACAGAAAUACUCUCUGAUUAUUCAGAAGUAUUGUAGUAUUUUGUAUUCAUCUGUUAUUUUCCACAAAUACUGCAAGUUCUAUAGAUAGUACUGUAAUUUUCUAUUUAAAAAAUGUGCUUUUUAUCGGUCAGAGCGCUGCAAUGCUGCCUGUAAGUUCAACAAAUGUGUAAGGGUAAAAUACACUUAAACAGUAGUCUUGUUUGGGAAAAUAGGAGGAUUGAUCAGAAAUAUUACCGUAAAUGUUCUUGUGUGAGAAUCACCAAGAGCUUAUGAAGGGGGUUGGCAUACAGAUCAGGUAUAGAUGGAGUCUGGAGUGUAGUUUUGUUGGGCAUUCGUCCAUGACAAGUUUAAGUAUGAAAGUGGUUUUCAUAUUUUAUGUAAUGUAUGUUAUUGAAAUAUUCAAAAAAUGCUGUAUAAGAAACGACCUUUCUUACACCCCAAAAACUCAUUGAUUCUAAUAUUUGGAAGACAUGGGGCCUGUUGGAUAAAGAACUUUAAUUCAUGGAAACUUUUCCAUUGUAAUAAUUGCUAGGGUAACGGGCUGAGCAGCCAAUCAGGUUUCCACUGUGGUUACCCUAGCUUUAGUUACUGCUUUAUGAAAGAUGAUCAGUCGAAAGUGCUAUAAGAAGUCCCUUCCGAGUAAAAAAAAAAAUGAAAGCAAUGGAAAUCACUUUGACCUUAUUAAAUCAUUGAGGAUGUACUAUUUUUGUUUCUUAAUGUAAGAUUGCAGUUAGCAAGAUAAUCAUCAUCGAUAACAGUUUCAUUCAAACAGCACACACUCUCAAUUACGAAGUUAAGAGAUAAGGAAGCCUGUUCAUGUUGUGAAAUCUGAUUUGCUCCAGUAUGAUUAUAUGUAAAUUCCUAUCUAGUUGUAUUUCAUCUAGGAUUGUUCUGUUUGUAUUUUUUUGUAGUGAGGAGGGAUAGUGAUGGUUUAGCAUUUUGUAAAUAGUAACAUAAUAGUUUUCAUUACAAUACAAGUAUGUACACACUUCAUUUGUAUGCCUUUGAUAUAAUGUAGAAUUAUUAUGUCUGCAUUUAAGAUCAAAAUAUGAAUGGAAGUUAAGAAGAUAAUAUGCUUUAUGUUGGUAUUGCUUUAUAUUGAUCUUACAUCAAGAGCAGACUUCUUUAAUUCCAAUAUUUUACAAAAAAUUAUUUCCAUGGGAACAGUCAAAGACCAUGCUUUUACCAUGCACAGUAGAGCAGUGCUAAGUUGCCAUGAUGAUCAUUAUUCACUUUUAGGAAGCCUCUUUGAAUUUGUACUUACAUAACUUUUGCAAGUUGGAAUGCAAUGUUUAAUGCAUUGCCUGCAUAUUUUUUUAUAUGUAGAAUUGCAGAUACAAGCACUGGCAUCCAAUUUUGUGAAGGAAAUAGAAACAAUUGGUACUAACUGUUGACAAAGGUAUAUUCAAGUAUCCCAUCACUUCAAGUGACUCGAUUUGAUUACAUAUUUUUUAUCAUUAUAGAAGGCAAAAAAUUACAACAGUGCCAUACUGGCCGCGAAAGCUAAGUUUUAUUCUUUAUUCUUUGGAAGACUUCCCUUGUCAACACAUAUUUUCAAACAUAAAUUGUUCCUUAUCCAAACACACAUACAAAACACCUUUUGUCUGUAAAUGAAUAUUUGUACUUCAUUGUAAUUUGAGUAAUUCUUUUGUAGGUAUAGUGCAAACUGUUUGACAAUAAAUGUACAUUGAAUUUUAAAAA